CAAAAUAUAUGUUUCUUAUUUUGAUAAUGCUUCUCUUGUUAUUUAUCACAUUUAAAAUUGACCAUUUCCUUGUUUUCUGACUAAUUUCAUGAGCUGCUCAGUGUCUUACUUCUAUAUGCGGCGCUGUGUGUGUGUGUGCAGUGUAUCAAAGGGCAGUCAGGGCUGGUUUCUCAGAGACGUGGUCAUUAUGAGGCUUUUGGACCUGAGCCGUAAAUCUCUUCCUGGUGACAAAGCUCUAAUAUUUUCCAUGUGCACUGUAGAAGAAGCCCAGAUAUUUUUCCAAAGCCAGAGUUUUAAAAGGACGUAUCCAUACAGUUUUUGCCUGCCACUGAUGCUCAUUUCUGGAUUCUGAGUGAUUUAGCACCUGCAUGACAUCAGGCAAAUUAGUUAUACAUGUGCCUGCUUAGCCGUUCAACUCUCAAGGAUGACAGCCGUUCAGGACAGAUAGUCCCAGACAGUACAGUAGAUGUUUGGUCAUAGGUUUGAUUGACAGCCGUUCACAUUGACAGGAAAAUACACCUGUCAAAGUUAUUUUAAUGUUCUUUCUGUGGAUGUUUUGCAUACUUUGGUUAAAUCUCUCUCCCUCACACACUCUAGCUCCCCCCCCCCCUUCUGCUGUGUACUUUGAGGGAGCUGUGAAAUAGGCAUUAUAAAUAGUUGUCAUGGGUUGUGUAUAUUUAGCCACUCAAACAGCGUCUGAAACCAGAGGGUUUGUCUAAGGGGACUGUCAUUACGGAGCUGAAGGCUCACUGUGCCUCACACUUCAUGUCGCCUUUGUUCAGAGCUCCUGCAUAGGACGUCACUGGAGAACCAGAAGCUGAGUCUUAUGGGGGAGGUGUCCUACCUGAAAAUAAAGUUGGCAGACAUGGAGGGAAAACAGAACCACGGUGCUGAACGGCAGCACAAGGCAGAGGGCCUUUUUAGGGAACUCAGGAUUCUCAAGGACAAAGUGGAACACCUGGAGGAUCAGAAGCUACAGUACGAGAAGAAACUCAAGGCAACAAUGGCAGAGAUCAGCAGCCUGCAGCAGCUUCUGCUCGGUAAGAACGCCGAGAUCGAGAGCUUGCACACUCAGCUCCUGGCCAGACCCUCUCUUUCCGCAGAGUGCUCAGAGAGAGAUCAGGAGCUGCAGAGGCUCAGGAUCGGAAUGAAAUCACUAAUAGCGGCCAAUGAUGAAAAGGACCGGCGUAUUGAGGAGCUCACUCUGCUCCUGAAUCAGUGCAGGCAAUUCAGAGAGGUCACUCACAGCACAAAGCAAGCUCCACCUGCUGUCCGUUCAUUGUCGAAUGGAAGGACUCCAUCAAGCAGCAGUGAGGAAGAAGAGCAUGGAAUCAUGAAGAACGCUGACUCUGCCAGUGCGAAAUCUGAGGAUGUAAAAUCUGAAGUUUCCACAAACAGUUCUUCUUCCCGUCAAACAUCUGUGUCAUCAGGCCAGAAGGACAGUGAUUCAAGAACAGAAUCACAGACUUUAUCAAGCAGCAUGAAUGACCUGACAAAUGGACUUUCACCAAAGAGUGCUUCAGGUGACACCAGGAGUCAGACACUGCCUGUGAACUCCUCACUGUCCGAGCAGAACGGGACCUUAGAAAGCAGCGGUGAAAUCCAGAUUCAGAGGUCUCCAGAUGGCAGUGAAGAUGGCGACUUCAGCCAAAGAAAGCUGGAGAAAGCUGACGACAGCACUUCAAGUGAUAACUCCCCUGUUAAUUCUGGAGAAAAUACACAGCAGGGCCAGAGAGCUAUUGGCUCACCGGAAUACUUGAAGAACAACAGGAGCUUCAAGAAACUCUGGGGAAAACUACGAAGAACACAGUCUGGAGGGCUCCAGGCAGCAGAUCCAGAUGGGGGUCCGUUUCGUCGGGGGGGGCUGCGGGCUACAGCAGGACCUAGACUGACCAGGACCCCUGAAUCGUAUAACUCUGCAUGUGAUAUGAAUAUUCCGUUCAGCCAAUGGACCAAGGAGCAGGUGUGUGGCUGGUUAGAGGACUAUGGACUGGGCCAGUAUGUCAGUCUCAGCAGACAGUGGGUUGAAAAUGGACAAACACUUCUGUCUGCUACACCGCAGGACUUUGAGAAGGAGAUGGGUAUGAAGAAUCCUCUGCACAGGAAGAAGCUGCAGCUCGCUCUGAGUGCAUUCACUACGAAAGUUAUAGAGAAAUCAUCAGAGCUGGACCACAUCUGGGUCACUCGCUGGUUGGAUGAUAUUGGUUUGCCUCAGUAUAAAGAUCAUUUCCAUGAAGCUCGAGUUGAUGGUCGGAUGAUUCAAUACCUCACUGUGAAUGACCUCUUGACUCUAAAGGUCACCAGCCAGCUUCAUCACCUCAGUGUUAAAUGUGCCAUCCAUGUUCUUCACGCCAAUAAGUUCAACGCCAACUGUCUACGACGUAGACCAGGGGAAGAGAGACAACCCUCGCCCUCAGAGGUGGUGCAGUGGUCUAACCAUCGUGUGAUGGAGUGGCUGAGAGCCGUGGAUCUGGCUGAGUUCGCUCCUAAUCUUCGGGGCAGCGGUGUUCAUGGUGGGCUGAUUAUCCUGGAGCCUCGCUUCAGCUCAGAGACUUUGGCCCUGCUGUUAAAUAUUCCUCCGCAGAAGACUUUGCUCCGCCGCCACCUGGCCACUGCCUUCUCUGCACUGGUUGGGGCUCAGGCAACACAGGAGAAGCGAGAGUACGGCAAUGCCACAGGCCAUGUGCCUCUCACUACCACUGCUAAAGUAAAGCCAAAGAAACUGGGCUUUACCCAAUUCAGUCACCUGAGAAAGAGGAAACCUGAUGACUCCGCAGACUAUAUCUGCCCAAUAGACAGUGGAGCGUUGACAUUGAACGGGGUUUCCCGCCUGCCCUCUGCAGCUCUCAGGGGCCUCAGCCCAAGUUUGGAGCGACAGACAGAGAGGAGGGAGCCAGUUGGGAUUAAACCUCAGGCUAACGGCCAAAAACUAUGCUUACAAAACAAGAGUGAAACAUCAACCUCUCCAUAACACUCCCAUGUCAGUGCCUAUGCGUGACGUUUAGAAUCAGUGGAAGAAACACCAAAGUGAUGACCUCAUGAAUCCAGGAGGGGAUUUGCCGGAUGUGCUACAAACAUGCUCUGUUAAUCAGCCAUGGUUAAUUGUUGUUCGUGUAUUCUUUCUCUAAAUAUAUGAGUGUAAAACAGUGAUGAAUACUGAUAUUGUGUGAAUUGUUAAAUGAAAGCUACUCUAUACAUUCCUUACACAGAUAUAUUCCAAAGCUCAUACUUUAGCUUUCAAACACACAGACUCUUUUGUAUGUAAACUUCAGUAGAUGUGGAAUAAAAAAGUAGCUUUUCUUCUAUUGCAUUUCUAUGCAGUGCCUUUAUGAACACCAGAUUGUUUGAAAGGCAUCGCACUUAUUUUCUUGACAAAAAAAAAAAAUCUAAAUGAAUCAUUGUUUUCGUGAUACACUUUUUCUUCUUCUGCACCUUAAUGUCAGUCUUGUUGGUACACUUUAGGAUUCUCUAAACCACACGUUGCCUUGUUUCAUAAUAUCAUAAUGAAUAUGCAUUGUGUAAUAAAUAUUGAAUGAAGGGUUUGUGGGGGGUAUUUCUUCCUAGGACAGGUGAUGGGAUCUUGAAUGGGCUUUUGGUUUAAUUAUGCCCUCUACUGGUCAAAGAAUAAAAAAUGAAAAAGCU